AUGGUCUUGCCAUCACUCUUCGUCACAGCCAUGCUCGGUUUAUUCACCGCCACUGCCUCCGCCCAGCAGUUCCUAGGGAUUGUCGAGACCAACCCGACAUACUUCGACAGUAGAAACUGCUACGAUGGCGCCAAGUCAUAUUCCAUCGUCAACUUCGGUACCCAGCACGCCCCUACUGUGGGCUCGUCCUGUACCGGUAAAGGCACCGUCCUCUCCACCGUCCGCGGGUUGGACAGCAAGUUGGACACGUCUUGCACGGACGGCAAGUGGACGAAUGGGUACAAGGUGUGCGUUGUUAUUGGCGGUGUAAUCACUAUACGCGAUGCGAGUGGGAGGUCGCAGCUUUGCUCUUCGGAUGAUACUACUAUCUAUAAUUGCCCGGAUGUUCCGCCAGCAUGCUGGACUAACAAGGUGAGGAAGUAUCAGUGUGUUGGGUUUUGGAUGUGAUGAGUUUAAGAAGAGGAGGGAGAAUGGAUGGA